AUGUCGGCACGUAUUUUCACACGGACCAACUCAUCAGUCUUGAAGCAAUGCCUCACCCGCACAGGAGCCACCCCUUCUCUCGCAAGGUCCGCAGUUCCUUCCCCAACCGGCAAACUCUAUGAGGGUCAUAUCCCCAUCUCACCCUUGCAGCGCACCAUCCUGGCUGUCGGAUCUGCAUUCACAGCCCUUGCCAAUCCCUUGCGCGGAGAUAUGGUGGCAGCAUUGGGAGAGACGACGAGCGGGAUCUUUCUGAACAGGAUCAGGGAUCAGAUGCUUCAGGACCCGGAGGGACGCCGCAUCCUCCGCGAGAGACCUGUCAUCACCUCUGAGACCAUGCAACUCGAUACCCUUCGUCAGCUCCCCGAUGGUACCUUUGGACGUGAAUACGUCCGUUUUUUGGACGACCAACAAGUCUCUCCCGAUACCCGCGAGCCUGUGCACUAUGUGGAUUCAGAGGAAUUGGCAUACGUGAUGCAAAGAUACCGCGAGACACACGAUUUCUACCACACACUGACAGGAUUGCCGGUAACGGUUGAUGGCGAGAUUGCGCUCAAGUGGUUCGAAAUGGCCCAGACAGGCCUGCCCAUGACUAUGCUCUCGUCCUUUUUUGGACCAUUGAGACUGUCAUCCGAAGAGCGGGAGAGACUGUUUAAUGUCUAUGUUCCCUGGGCGUUGGAGAAUGGGAGCACGGGCAAGCUGUUGAUGAACGUGAGGUGGGAGGAGUGGAUGGAGAAACCUGUUGAGGAUGUUCAGCGGGAACUUGGUGUUCGACCAUGCCCCGAGGUGUAA